AUGGUGGUAAAAUGGGAGUGGGAGAAUGCCACCGCAGGAGCCGUCGCUGGCUUCGCCACUGUGGCAAUCAUGCACCCCCUUGACGUCGUUUGCACCCGCUUCCAAGAUACAGUGAAUGAUGGACGAAUGUCGAAUCUCCCAAGCUACAAGAACAUCCCCAAUGCUAUCUUCACCAUCGCCCGUUCUGAGGGUUCGAGGGGGCUUUAUGCUGGCUUCACCCCAGCUGUUAUAGGAUCAUCUAUUUCAUGGGGCCUCUAUAGCAGAGCUAAAAAAAGGUAUUCUCAUGACGAGGAGGAUAAGCUGAGUCCUGGACACCAUUUGGCGGCAGCUGCAGAGGCUGGUGCACUGGUAUCUUUUUUCACAAAUCCUGUUUGGGUCAUUAAAACAAGAUUACAGCUACAGAAUCCUCUUCAUCAAACCUGA